AUGUCCCAACCAAUGGAACUCCCUGACAUGUCGAACGCCAUUGUGGCGCAAGACGAGAUGGGUCGUCCAUUCAUCAUCGUGAAAGAUCAGGGGUCCAAAAAGAGAACUCACGGUACCGAAGCCGUCAAAUCGCAUAUAUUGGCCGCAAGGCAGGUCGCUUCUAUUUUGAAGACUUCGCUCGGUCCACGUGGUCUGGACAAGAUCCUGAUUUCUCCAGACGGAGAAAUCAACAUCACCAACGACGGUGCCACCAUCAUGUCCCAGAUGGAGCUAAGCAACGAGAUUGCAAAGUUGCUUGUUGAGCUCUCUAAAUCGCAAGACGAUGAGAUCGGAGACGGAACUACGGGAGUUGUGGUUCUUACUAGUGCUCUUCUAGACCAGGCUCUUGAGUUAAUUGAGAAGGGCAUCCAUCCUAUCAAAAUAGCGCACGGGUUCGACAAAGCUUGUAAAAUCGCCCUCGAACAGCUCGACAAAAUUGCAGACACUGUUUCUAUCGAUCUAGAGAACCUCGAAAACAACACCAAGCCUGAAAGCGAGCUUUUCAAGGCAGCCAAAACUUCCCUCGGGUCUAAGAUCGUUUCCAAAUGUCACGACCAGUUCGCUCGUAUGGCUGUCGAGACUGUGCUUAACGUCGCCGACUUGGAACGUAGGGAUGUUGAUUUCGAACUCAUUCGUGUCGAGGGAAAACUGGGAGGUUCUCUCGAAGAUUCCAAGGUGAUCAACGGUGUUAUCAUCGACAAAGACUUCUCUCACCCUCAAAUGCCAAAGAAAGUUGAAAAUGCAAAAAUUGCCAUCUUGACAUGUCCGUUCGAGCCACCCAAACCGAAAACCAAACACAAGUUGGAGGUCAGCACUGUCGAGGAGUUCAAGAAGCUCCAGACGUACGAGCAGGACAAAUUCAAAGAAAUGAUCCAUUGGGUGAAGCAGUCUGGUGCCAAUAUGGUGAUCUGUCAGUGGGGAUUCGACGAUGAAGCCAACCACUUACUUCUUUCCAACGAGCUACCUGCUGUGAGAUGGGUUGGCGGAACAGAGAUCGAGACCAUUGCUAUGGCCACCAACGGACGUAUUGUGCCAAGAUUUGAAGACUUGACCGAAUCCAAGCUCGGUCACGCUGGUAAAGUCACAGAGCUAGAAUUCGGAACUACUAGAGACCAUAUGUUGGUGAUAGAGGAUUGCGAUAACCCUCGGGCUGUCACUGCUUUGAUUAGAGGAUCUAGUAAGAUGAUUGUGGACGAAAGUAUUCGUGCUCUCCAUGACUCGCUCUGUGUGGUCCGCAACCUUAUUAAGGACAGCAGAAUUGUUUAUGGAGGUGGCUCGGCAGAGAUUUCGUGCUCUUUGCGUGUCAUGGAGGAAGCAGACAAACAAAAGGGUAUUGACCAAUAUGCUUUCCGUUCGUUCUCUCAGGCUUUGGAUGUGAUUCCAAUGUCUUUGGCUGAAAACUCCGGUUUGGAUCCUAUCGAGACGCUGACGCAACUCAAGGCAGACCACGUGUUGAAGCAAAACUCCAAGCUCGGUGUGGACUGUCUAGGAAACAACAACAACGACAUGAAGGAGUUGUUUGUGAUUGAGACCUUGAUUGGGAAGAGACAGCAACUUCUACUGGCCACGCAGCUUACCAGAAUGAUUUUGAAGAUUAACGAUGUUAUCAUCAGCGGGAAGGAUCAAUACUAG